AUGGCAGUUACUACUCGAGGAGGUAAACAGACCAUUGAUCCCCCUAUGCCGUCUGAGGUUGAAAUUGUGGUAAAAAAAGAUGAUGAUGAGAUAGAGGUUAUUGGAGAGUCUAACAAUGCUACAGAGAAGGAAGUGGAGAGAUUGAUGAAGAAGAUUGAAGAAGGAAAAUAUCGCAGGUUCAUUACAAUGUUGAAACAACUUUCCAUCAAUGUUUCGUUGAUAGAGGCUUUGGAGCAAAUGCCUGGGUAUGCAAAGUUUUUGAAGGAUUUGGUGACCAAAAAAAGGGCCGUCAGUUAUGAGAAUGAUGAGAGGUUGAAACAUUGCAGUGCUAUUGCUACUAGGUCACUUGUGCAGAAGAAAGAGGAUCUUGGUACUUUCACUAUUCCUUGUACCAUUGUGUUGUUGCAUUUUGCGAAGGCGUUGUGUUAUUUGGGUGUUAGCAUUAAUUUGAUGCCAUUGUUUAUCUACAAGCAGUUGGGUUUAGGGGCUCCAAAACCAACUACGAUACAAUUACUCAUGGUCGAUAGAACUGUGAAGAAGCCCAUUGGUGUUCUCCAAGAUGUACUUGUGAAAGUGGAGUCGUUUAUUUUUCUGGUGGAUUUUGUGAUACUUUAUUGUGAGAUUGAUUUUGAGGUUCCGAUCAUCCUAGAAAGACCAUUCCAUGCUACUGGGCAUGCCUUGGUCGAUAUGCAGAGAAGGCAGAUGAAGUUCUGA